AUGGCUGACAAUUCUAACAGUCUCGCCGACUUCGUGGAUUUUGCUGGCCGGGUGGAGGAAAUUAUACAGGAUGAAGCGUAUCGCUACGCGCCGCCGUUACGGCCAGUUCUCAGGGAUCGGCAGAAUCCUAUAGAGGCAUACAACGACGCGGAAUUCCUGUCACGGUACCGCUUUUCCAAGCGAGCAGUGAUACGCCUGCUGGAAAUGCUGCCGCUGCACCCAAAGGACAACGAACGUGGUCACCCCGUGCCGCCACUGCUCCAGCUGCUCAUCACGCUGCGAUUCUACGGCGCCGGAACCUUUCAAGUUGUUACCGGAGACCUUGUUAAUGUGUCUCAGGCAAGCGUGUCACGCAUCAACGCACGCAUAUCAAGAAUGAUAGCCGACGCAUUGUUCCCACAGCUUGUGAGGUUGCCCAACGCCAGUGAAGCAGCCGUGGUAAUGGAGGAAUUUUAUGCCAUGGCGCGUUUCCCUGGUGUGAGCGGCUGCAUAGACUGCACUCAUGUGCCCAUGAAAAAUCCCGGUGGAGAAGACGCGGAUGUCUUUCGGAAUCGUAAGGGAUACUUCUCAAUCAAUGUCCAGGUAUGUUUAUGGCUCUCCCGUUGA